CCGGCUGGUCCGGAGCUACCUUCCGGGAGUCUUCGCCGCCAGGCCCGCCGGCCUCGGCCUCGGUCUCUGUGGGGCAAUGCUGGAGUCUAUUCGUGUGACUGAAAAGCUUCACUGGCCUGAGCAUGAGUUUGCUAAGAAGUCUGUUCUAAAUGCAGAAGAGGCACUGACCACUGACAGCAAAAGAAGCUUUUCGAAUUUGUCCUCUGGAGUUCUCAAGGACACUUUCACAACUGGGACCAGUAGUUACAAUGUUCUACUACAGAGCAAGGAGGAGAGAAAGCACCACACACAAAAGCAGUGUUCCUCUGCCUGCUCCAAACGCCGUAGAAAGCCCAGCAAAUCUCCUGGUUCCUCUUGUAGCAAAGAUCCUAACAGGAUGACAGCCCUGGUGCCUGUGACAAGCAGUGCUUCUUGGUACUGCCUGGAGAGGCAGCCUGCUGGUUUUGUCACUAGUUCAGUACCAAGUCCUAUAAAGUUUACCCGUGAUAUCUCUGUUUCAGGGAACGGCAUAGCACUGCCACCUAAACCAAAAAGCAAGGUCAGGCGCCGCUGUCUGACCCCUGUUCCGAAGCCAAAGCUGCAGCUGCAGCUGUGCAGAAGCUUUGAGAAAGGAGAAGACCCUUCUGGGAAGAAGCUUUGCAUACUCACCGCUAUAAAGCCCACCAACCUGGAGAAGGAGAAGCUGCGGUUCUUCAAGUCAGACUACACCUACAACCCUCAGUUUGAGUAUGCCAAUCCCGCACUGCCAGGUGUGUUAGCCAAACACAGCAACGCCUCUGACCGCUUUCUUAAGCAGGCCAUCAAUAUUAUGGAGCUGACUUUACAGAAAUAUGGAAGUUAUGAAAAAUUUGAACAAGCUACAGGUGGUAGCUUGUUGUCUAAAACGCGAAUCUGGAGUCAUGUUAGGAAGUACAUGAUGAAGGAAGGCUGCCUCGGUGAGAUCGUAGUUCAUCUCACUGAAGACCUGCUUUCCAGGGCAUCCAUGACAGUAGUAAAUGGAUGCCCAACCCUAACCAUCAAUAUUUCUACUGCGCGAGAGCACUGGCUGGAGGGAAUGCUGAGGCAUGAGAUAGGCACUCAUUACUUUCGGGGUAUGAACAACCUUCAGCAGCCGUGGAACAGUUGGAUUGGCCGCAAAAAGCAUGAGUUAAAGCCAAACAACCCCACGGAGGAAGGACUGGCAAGCAUUCACAGUGUUCUGUUCAGAAAAGACCCCUUUCUGUGGAGGGCCGCCCUCCUCUACUACACGGUCUACCAAGCCAGCCACAUGUCGUUCUGUGAGCUCUUCAAGGACAUUGGCAAGUUUGUCAAGGAUCCCAAUACAAGAUGGGAUUAUUGUGUAAGAGCCAAGAGAGGGUGGACUGACACUUCCCAGCCAGGGUGUUUCAGUAAAGACCAGGUGUAUUUGGAUGGAAUCCUUCAAAUCCUUCGAUUCAGAGAGUCCAUAGACUUUCAUCUGCUGACUGCCCUGGGCAAGGUAUCUUAUGAAGACGUGGAACGCCUGAAAGGAUUGGCGGUUACUGAAAACAUGAGGGUCCCUCACUUCCUCCAGGACCACAGCCGGUACAGGGAACACUUGGAGAAGAUCAUGGAGGUGAACAAGCUAACUGACGCCGAGCUGAAAGGCCUCAUCUAAGAGGCGGUGCCUUCUCCUCGGUGUUAGCAGCUAGAGGCACCUAGCGCCUGCACAACUCGGUGAGAAGAGUGCUGGCUGACCUCAGUCUAGAAGGCCAGCCCUCAGGAUCCAGCUGAAAUGCUAGGUUAUACGUAGACCUGAAACCAUCUUCCUCACCCGUUUCUAUAGACUGCAGGUGGAAGUCGCUUCUCUUUUCAUCCAGGUCUCUCCAGAGACAGUGAAGAUCCGACUUCUGCUGCAGACUCCAGGACUAGCUGUGAACCUGAGUGCUGAGGCCAGCUCCGAAUUGGAGAAAUCCAACC